GUUACGUUCCUCUAGUCCGUGUUCGCGUUUGCGGCGAUACCUUGCCUCUUUCUUCGUUAUUCUUAGUUCCGUCUCCUUCGUUUUUCCGUAUGCAGGAAUACCGCAUGAAUUUGUUCUUUGUGAUUUUGUUCUCUCAAUUAUUCGUCGUUAUCGAUAUUCUUUAUCCGAUUUAAAAUUCCUCGAAAUUAUUAUUUCGGUAUGUCCAUAUGUUAGACUCGUUGGCGUUGGAGUUUUUCCCAAAAGUUUCUUCAACUAAUUAUCCUGCCCCUUGGUUUAUUAUCAUAAUUUACCUAUUGUUUCAAGCAUGGCUACCAUUUCGUUUGCACGAGUUUCGAAAAAUCGUAGCUACCGUGGACUUGCAGGAUGUCGGCAAGGAAUAUACAGCUGGUAAAGUGGACGAUACCCGCGUUUGCAUUUAUCGUUGGCUUUUUUUGGUACAAGCGCCGACGCGUAGACAGAGUUGACCCAGGUGGAGUGAACAAAUUGAAAGGAGAAAUCGAUGAUAUUAAGCAAGAUUGUAAGAAUAAUACAAAGGCUGAUAAAGGACAUCUGAAUCUUUACGAUUCGGGGAUCCAUAUCGACGAGUCUUAUGCAUUGAACACGUCGAGCUCGAACAGCGAGACAUCCCAGCACUGUACACCGAGGCGAGUCAGCCAAAGUCUCGAUAUACCAACGCGAAGAUCGGGCUCUCAGCAAAUUUCCAUUCAAUCGGGAAAAUCAUUGGAGGAUAAAGAGCCUUGCUGGUACGAGAGCCCCGACGACGAGGUUAUCAAGCCUUGUCAAGCCAUUGUUCUCGGAAGCAAUCCAAAAUCCACUAAUUUCGAUAUGUCCGAUUCUAUGCGGGAUAUGAUGGGGAAAAAAAGCUUGAAGAGUCGCGAGAACGCCGACGCGAAAAUUCUUCAGACAUUUGAAAAUGUUACCGAGGAAGAAGAAGCAGCUUCCGCGGUUAUUCCGAGCUCAGCGUUGGCGGUUCAGGCUGGAAAUAACAAGCCUGUUGCCAUAUCCGAAUCGCGCCAUCAAACCAAUAUCAGCGAUCCCAAAGUACAGGGCCAAGUCAUUUGCGAGAGAGACUCCGCUAAUCAUAGCCCCGUUUCUGGGGUAUUGGAAGGAGGAAGCGUCACCGAUGAGGUCAGGAGCGAAGGCAGUACCGACAGUGGGAAAGGUGGAAGCAUCAAGGGACACGCCAAAGACAAUAAUCCAACGAGUUACGAGUUCGCGGUGCCCCAAACUCUUGUCGGACGUUUGAUCGGUAAACGUGGCGCGUUUCUUCACGAUAUCAAUACCCAAACGGGUGUUCACGUUUGCGUAAAAAGACAUCCAUUGUCCAAGGAAUCCAAGAUAUGUCUGAUAACCGGUACACCCGACUGUAUCAAGGCGGCCCUAAAAAUGAUUCGACACAAAUUUCCAACCAAGAAAUUCCCUUCUGUAACACUUGAGGAAAUAUCAAUAUUGAGGAAUCCCGAAGAAAUUUCAUGGGUCUCGGAAUUGAUGCAUUUGUCGCUCGUCGAGGGUGUCAAUAACGACAUUACCGUCUGCCACAUACUCAAACCGAAUCGAUUGUUUGUACAACUUCCUACACAUCCGACGUAUCCGUCGUUAAGAAUUUUAGAUCAAAACAUGACGCAGCAUUACGAUACCAUCGAAUCUCCACCGGUGCCCGAUCAACUUUCCAAGGGAAUGUUGGUUGUCGCAAAGUGUUACGAUCGAUGGGUUCGGGCGUACGUUGAAAACCCCGAUCCAAACGGCCAACAAAAUUUGGUCCGUUUGGUGGAUCACGGAGGUUACUGGACCUUUAGUAACGGAGAAAUGCGAAAGAUCCGGUCCGAUUACUUAACUCUUCCGUUUCAAGCGAUUGAAGUAUUUCUCGCGCAUAUACGACCGGUGAACGGCGAAUGGAAACAGGAAGCAUACGACGUAGUAGCUCAAAUGUGUUCGGGCAGUAUCGGACAAGCACAAAUUGAAGGAUACAUAGAUUCAAAUAUUUACGUGAGUUUGUAUCUAAAUAUUCAAAAACACGGUGUAAUAUCACUGGCGGACGAGUUGAUAGCUCGUGGUUUCGCGGUACCCGUAGCACUGGACGAAGUAGCCCCGGAGGAGCAUUUACCAACCGCUUGAAAGGUAACAACAUUGAUACAAAAAAAUAAGUAUGCGUUUAUCGCUCUUUCGUUUACACGUUGCUUACGUUCCGCGUGAUACGAUUGUUUUGCAACGCUAUAACCUGCGUAUAUGUGUGUGCCUGAGUGAGGCUAUGAAUGAGCGAGUGCCUGUUUUUUCCCGUGAGAAUUACGAACGAGUGCUCUCAAUAGUCUUUUUUUACCUAUAAACAAAUGAUAAACAUUUUCCAAUACUUUUAUAAUAUGCCAUGAAGAAGAUUCAGAUACUUCGAGAUCCUAGCUAUUUAAUAAAUAUUCCUAAUUACAUUUACCAAUGGUCCAUUGAACCAUUGGAAAAGAUAUCAUCGGAAAAACAAUCAUUUUUUCUACCCAUAAUCUCGUCUCCGCUCGUUCGUAGUUCAUGUAAAUAUUUCAUGGUUGCAUAUAAGGAACAAGAAAACGAAGCAAAAUAAGAUAGUGGAAUUUUAAACAAUGAAUUGAUCAUCACUGAAUAAGAAGGAUCUUUUAAUCUACGGCUUUCAAUUAUCUUCGUACCUACAUUGCGCAAAUGGUACAUGGACUAAUUGAAUAACGAGUCCCCCAUUUUUCCUCCUGUUCUUCAAAACGAUACGGAAAAAAAAAACAAACAAACAAACAAACAGACUGUAAAACUCCAUUUGCGUCUUGUUGGGUCUAUACUCGAAAUGAUGAUAAGUGUCCACGGUGAAUCACUGUUCUCGUAAUCUAUCAACGAGCGAACUCGGCCGAAACGUCCUAGCUUUUUAUAACGCCAUGGAAAACGGUCUCACUUUUUUCUAAAAAAAUUCCUAAUCUCAGAUCAUUUUGUUUUUAUAAGAUCAGAGAGAGGGCGCAGCGAAAAAACGGUUCGCGAUUUGUCACAAAAGAGAUAAGCAACACAACUCGAAUUGUGUUUUUAGAGUGCAAACAAGAAAGAUAGGUGGGAAAGUUUGAAAGAAAUUGAGCUUUGGACUAACUACGAUCGUCACAUACCUCUUCCUGUAUAUAUUGUAAACAUUAUAUCUCCGACUAUAAACAAACAAAUAUUUAUAAUGUAUCCCUAAAUAACUACCCGCUCGAUGAGAAAGAAAAUUAAGCGAAAACGAACUAGCUCUACACAUUGAUAAAAUGACACGAGAUAAAUGUAGUAUAUUUAUUCUUCAAUAUUGUUUAAUUUUUUUUUUCUUUUUUUACCUCAUUGGUAGAUCAGCAAAAGGCUCAUGACAUUAAUUAUUGUUUCAUGAUUCAUAAUUCAUUGAGAAGAAAAAGAAAUAAAAUUGAAAAACAUUUGUCUUUGAAUGAAAAUGAUUACAAAGUUAAUGAUUUUGAUGUAAAAAUCUACAAGUUUGAGCGAUAAUCUCGAAUCUUUAAGAACAGUGUGUCGUUUGAAACUUGUACAUGAAUUGGAAACCCUCUCGUUGCAUCGCAUCAAAGACCACCGACAGAGAGUGAACGUAGCUGCUAAGCUGGGGAUCGAAAAAUACAAAUGUAUCGCGAAAUAAAAACAAAAAUAUGUAUGUAUGAACAUAUAUAUGUGUGUGUGUGUGCGCGCGCGCGCGCGCGCGUAUGUGCGUGUGUGAGGGAGAGAAAUGAGAGGCAUAGACAAAUCUUUGGAUAUCUAUCAAGAUCCAAAGAUCUAUGGUGUUGUUGUCCGAACGUUUUUCGUAUUGAUUAAAUAUGUCAUUACUAUUAUCCAUUAUCGUAAUCCGGAAAUUACGUCAUUACAUGUGGUUUUUCUUUUCAUUUAAACUCUCCUCUCACGACACCUCGAACAUAAGAACUGAACGAACUUAAGAUUACUUGCACGAAAUCAUUAUGUUCUCGUUGAAACAAAACAAAAAAAAAAUCAUUUUUUCAAAUAUUAUCACUGUACUAAUCGAAGCCAUCAAAUGUAGGCAGAGUAAAGUUAUCAAUCGCGAAAAAAGAACUGAAAUCUACGAAAAAUUUUCAAACGAACGCUCAAUGUAUCUCUUAACUCGUAAUCUUACGUGGCUGCUGCUGUUGCAACCCGUAUCAAUUAUUAUAAAUGACGAAUUUUCUUGCCGCCUCCAUUCGUUUUUUACUCAUCAAAGAAGAGAAACGGCAAGCUUACCGUGCUAAAUGCUAACGAGUAAAAGAAUAAUAUUAAAAAACGUUAAUCGAAAAAGUUUGCGAAAAAAAUUGAAAAAAAAAAAAGCAAAAAAUGAUAAAAGACUAAACACAUUCACGUACGUACAAUUUGAACGCCCAGUGCGAGGAACUUCCAAAAAUGUUACAUGUUAUUAUAUACUACUUGAUACUUAAUAUUGUUGUUUUCUAAACGUAAAUGAA